AUGGCGGAUCGUCUUCCCGAUGUCGCCUCGCGUACCAUUUUGUGUCCGUUGUUUUCACGGCGACUGAUACAGCAGACGGAACGCUCCUCUGCCCUGCACAUCCUCUCAUCCAUGUGCAGACUCGCAAUCGCUCAACAACGGCGCUACGACGCUGAAAUUCGUGGAGAAUCUGGUAAUUGUGAAAAGGAAGGAAAGGUGGUGACUGCAGUUGAUGAGGUAACGUUCGCCGCUCAAAUAGUGGGCAGCUUCAUCAAUACGUCGGUAUUGGAUCUGAGUACAGCCUUCUUGCCGUUCAGUGGCACACAGCGGCCACAUCAUUUGACAAUUCUAGCCAGUCGAACGCAGGAAGCAACUGAGUACUUCCAUAAGUUGUGCAAAAACGAGGGCUGUGCUCGUGUUGCACCCACAGCAGUACGACGAACUUUCUCGCUGCUGCCAGCGAAACGAGAACCGCGGCUUUCUCGCCAUCCGCUACCAUUUUCACGAAGGUACAACCUACCCGCAUGCAUGACUGCGUUGCAUUGUGUGGCCCAAGACAUACGACCAGCAGAACAAAGGGGUUUAUUGAGAAAACUAGAUACGGCUGGCCCAGCUCUCCGAGUUCAUUCUCGUGACACACUUAACGAGAAGUUAGCGAGAAAAAGACGGUUGGAAAAGAAGGCUGUCCCUUCGUCGUUAAGUCGGCCAGCACCGCAGUUAAUACGAAGAGAAACGUCGGCACCAGAUGCGCCACCAACCCCAGACCCCCAGUGUACCACCGACCAAUCAGAGCCAGUACACAGCAAGCCCUCUUCUGUUCCACAAGAACCGAUACCAAAUGCAACAUGGGUAAAAGAUGGUGACCUUAGGGUAGUCAACGGGAAAAUAGUGUACUUCGAAGAGAAGUUGGAUGACAGUGACAAUAAAAACGACAUCCCCAUCGAAGCGUCGGAAAUUGAAACAAUGAAAACACGGCAAGAUCAAUCGAAGAAGAAAAAAGAUAGUACAAAGAAAUCAAACAGAAUAAUCGAUAAAAACGUGCGAAAGGAUCGGAAACACAACGCGUCACCGAAAAUAAAACACAAUCGCCAUCCACAACAGAGUAUACCACUGAAAUCGAGGGAAGAACUUAUAGAGAUGGUGGAAGCUCUUGAUGUGUCGUCUAGAUUAAGGCAAACAUUCUGGAUUGGACUGGCCAAAAGGGAGGAUAAGUAA